UUAAAACCAUAAACCAUUGAGUCACGCUGACAACUAUCAAAUUGUUCAGUAUAAAGCUCUCUCUUAACUCUCAACUAUUUUUAUCCACGCUUUGGCACAAUUUUAAUUUGCUUUAAAACCGUGUAACCAACUUCAACGACUCAGUAGAAAGAGAAACUCUGGAUCGUAAACAUUGCAAAGAUUACAAAAGAAUAUGGCUAACAGCAAAGAUAAUAUUACUAAUCCCAAUGAACACUUGGAGAUACCCAAGUGGAUAAAUGAGGAAUACUUCGCGCAGGUUCUAAAUAAAGACGAGCCCCAGUAUGAGAAGAUACUGAGCUUCAAGCCGGUGGCUGCGAUUCCGCCGGGCGAGAAUUUCACUUCGAUUAUGCUGAGAAUUCACUUUGAUCUUCAAAUGAGGGAUGGCAGUACCAAACACAAGACUUAUAUAUUCAAAACCAUGCUGGCGGAGGAUCGUGGUGGCAAGGAGAUCCGUGAGGGUGGCAUUUUCGACAAGGAGCUAAUGAUGUACCAGACCUACCUGCCCGCCUUCGAGGAGCUCUACCGUGCCGCUGGAGAGCAGAUUCAGCUGGCGCCCAAGUGUCUACAUACAGAUCAGAGGGAGAAUGGCAUUCACUUUGUAUUCGAGGACCUAGGAGUGAAAAAGUUUAGAAAUGUAGAUCGCAUUCAGGGUCUGGACCUUGCCCACAUGAAGCGAUCUUUACGAAAACUGGCUGAAUUCCAUGCGGCAGCCUCUGUAUAUGCGGGGAAAAAUGGAUCUUAUCCCGAUGAUUUUGAGGAAGGAUUCAUUGCUAAGGACAAACUGGAGCUGCACGAGCAAGGCUUCAAUGUAAAGGCCAGGUCUUAUCACAAGGCCAUGGAUGGAUGGGGCUUAGAAGAUCAGGAAAAGUACCUGAAGAGUUUUGUUCUAAAUAAAGACGAGCCCCAGUAUGAGAAGAUACUGAGCUUCAAGCCGGUGGCUGCGAUUCCGCCGGGCGAGAAUUUCACUUCGAUUAUGCUGAGAAUUCACUUUGAUCUUCAAAUGAGGGAUGGCAGUACCAAACACAAGACUUAUAUAUUCAAAACCAUGCUGGCGGAGGAUCGUGGUGGCAAGGAGAUCCGUGAGGGUGGCAUUUUCGACAAGGAGCUAAUGAUGUACCAGACCUACCUGCCCGCCUUCGAGGAGCUCUACCGUGCCGCUGGAGAGCAGAUUCAGCUGGCGCCCAAGUGUCUACAUACAGAUCAGAGGGAGAAUGGCAUUCACUUUGUAUUCGAGGACCUAGGAGUGAAAAAGUUUAGAAAUGUAGAUCGCAUUCAGGGUCUGGACCUUGCCCACAUGAAGCGAUCUUUACGAAAACUGGCUGAAUUCCAUGCGGCAGCCUCUGUAUAUGCGGGGAAAAAUGGAUCUUAUCCCGAUGAUUUUGAGGAAGGAUUCAUUGCUAAGGACAAACUGGAGCUGCACGAGCAAGGCUUCAAUGUAAAGGCCAGGUCUUAUCACAAGGCCAUGGAUGGAUGGGGCUUAGAAGAUCAGGAAAAGUACCUGAAGAGUUUUGUUCUAAAUAAAGACGAGCCCCAGUAUGAGAAGAUACUGAGCUUCAAGCCGGUGGCUGCGAUUCCGCCGGGCGAGAAUUUCACUUCGAUUAUGCUGAGAAUUCACUUUGAUCUUCAAAUGAGGGAUGGCAGUACCAAACACAAGACUUAUAUAUUCAAAACCAUGCUGGCGGAGGAUCGUGGUGGCAAGGAGAUCCGUGAGGGUGGCAUUUUCGACAAGGAGCUAAUGAUGUACCAGACCUACCUGCCCGCCUUCGAGGAGCUCUACCGUGCCGCUGGAGAGCAGAUUCAGCUGGCGCCCAAGUGUCUACAUACAGAUCAGAGGGAGAAUGGCAUUCACUUUGUAUUCGAGGACCUAGGAGUGAAAAAGUUUAGAAAUGUAGAUCGCAUUCAGGGUCUGGACCUUGCCCACAUGAAGCGAUCUUUACGAAAACUGGCUGAAUUCCAUGCGGCAGCCUCUGUAUAUGCGGGGAAAAAUGGAUCUUAUCCCGAUGAUUUUGAGGAAGGAUUCAUUGCUAAGGACAAACUGGAGCUGCACGAGCAAGGCUUCAAUGUAAAGGCCAGGUCUUAUCACAAGGCCAUGGAUGGAUGGGGCUUAGAAGAUCAGGAAAAGUACCUGAAGAGUUUUGUUCUAAAUAAAGACGAGCCCCAGUAUGAGAAGAUACUGAGCUUCAAGCCGGUGGCUGCGAUUCCGCCGGGCGAGAAUUUCACUUCGAUUAUGCUGAGAAUUCACUUUGAUCUUCAAAUGAGGGAUGGCAGUACCAAACACAAGACUUAUAUAUUCAAAACCAUGCUGGCGGAGGAUCGUGGUGGCAAGGAGAUCCGUGAGGGUGGCAUUUUCGACAAGGAGCUAAUGAUGUACCAGACCUACCUGCCCGCCUUCGAGGAGCUCUACCGUGCCGCUGGAGAGCAGAUUCAGCUGGCGCCCAAGUGUCUACAUACAGAUCAGAGGGAGAAUGGCAUUCACUUUGUAUUCGAGGACCUAGGAGUGAAAAAGUUUAGAAAUGUAGAUCGCAUUCAGGGUCUGGACCUUGCCCACAUGAAGCGAUCUUUACGAAAACUGGCUGAAUUCCAUGCGGCAGCCUCUGUAUAUGCGGGGAAAAAUGGAUCUUAUCCCGAUGAUUUUGAGGAAGGAUUCAUUGCUAAGGACAAACUGGAGCUGCACGAGCAAGGCUUCAAUGUAAAGGCCAGGUCUUAUCACAAGGCCAUGGAUGGAUGGGGCUUAGAAGAUCAGGAAAAGUACCUGAAGAGUUUUGUUCUAAAUAAAGACGAGCCCCAGUAUGAGAAGAUACUGAGCUUCAAGCCGGUGGCUGCGAUUCCGCCGGGCGAGAAUUUCACUUCGAUUAUGCUGAGAAUUCACUUUGAUCUUCAAAUGAGGGAUGGCAGUACCAAACACAAGACUUAUAUAUUCAAAACCAUGCUGGCGGAGGAUCGUGGUGGCAAGGAGAUCCGUGAGGGUGGCAUUUUCGACAAGGAGCUAAUGAUGUACCAGACCUACCUGCCCGCCUUCGAGGAGCUCUACCGUGCCGCUGGAGAGCAGAUUCAGCUGGCGCCCAAGUGUCUACAUACAGAUCAGAGGGAGAAUGGCAUUCACUUUGUAUUCGAGGACCUAGGAGUGAAAAAGUUUAGAAAUGUAGAUCGCAUUCAGGGUCUGGACCUUGCCCACAUGAAGCGAUCUUUACGAAAACUGGCUGAAUUCCAUGCGGCAGCCUCUGUAUAUGCGGGGAAAAAUGGAUCUUAUCCCGAUGAUUUUGAGGAAGGAUUCAUUGCUAAGGACAAACUGGAGCUGCACGAGCAAGGCUUCAAUGUAAAGGCCAGGUCUUAUCACAAGGCCAUGGAUGGAUGGGGCUUAGAAGAUCAGGAAAAGUACCUGAAGAGUUUUGUUCUAAAUAAAGACGAGCCCCAGUAUGAGAAGAUACUGAGCUUCAAGCCGGUGGCUGCGAUUCCGCCGGGCGAGAAUUUCACUUCGAUUAUGCUGAGAAUUCACUUUGAUCUUCAAAUGAGGGAUGGCAGUACCAAACACAAGACUUAUAUAUUCAAAACCAUGCUGGCGGAGGAUCGUGGUGGCAAGGAGAUCCGUGAGGGUGGCAUUUUCGACAAGGAGCUAAUGAUGUACCAGACCUACCUGCCCGCCUUCGAGGAGCUCUACCGUGCCGCUGGAGAGCAGAUUCAGCUGGCGCCCAAGUGUCUACAUACAGAUCAGAGGGAGAAUGGCAUUCACUUUGUAUUCGAGGACCUAGGAGUGAAAAAGUUUAGAAAUGUAGAUCGCAUUCAGGGUCUGGACCUUGCCCACAUGAAGCGAUCUUUACGAAAACUGGCUGAAUUCCAUGCGGCAGCCUCUGUAUAUGCGGGGAAAAAUGGAUCUUAUCCCGAUGAUUUUGAGGAAGGAUUCAUUGCUAAGGACAAACUGGAGCUGCACGAGCAAGGCUUCAAUGUAAAGGCCAGGUCUUAUCACAAGGCCAUGGAUGGAUGGGGCUUAGAAGAUCAGGAAAAGUACCUGAAGAGUUUUUAGAAAGAGAAACUCUGGAUCGUAAACAUUGCAAAGAUUACAAAAGAAUAUGGCUAACAGCAAAGAUAAUAUUACUAAUCCC